GCCUUGUGCCCGGCCUCCGCCCGGCCGCCUGCCGCCGCCAUGUCCGCCCCGCUGGGGCUGCUGCUGCUGCUGGGGCUGCCCGGGCUCCUGGGCGGGCGGCCCCGCUACCAGCCCACCUGGGGCUCGCUGGAUGCCCGGCCGCUGCCCGCCUGGUUUGACGAGGCGAAAUUCGGCGUCUUCAUCCACUGGGGCGUGUUCUCGGUGCCCAGCUUCGGCAGCGAGUGGUUCUGGUGGUACUGGCAGAAGGAAAAGAGAGAGCCCUAUGUGAAAUUUAUGGAGGCAAAUUACCCACCUGGGUUCAGUUAUGAAGAUUUUGGGCCACUGUUUACAGCAGAAUUCUUUGAUCCCAACCAGUGGGCAGAUAUUCUGAAGGCUUCAGGUGCAAAAUAUGUGGUCUUAACUUCAAAACAUCAUGAAGGCUUUACUUUGUGGGGUUCCAAAUAUUCUUGGAACUGGAAUGCUGUUGACGUGGGACCAAAACGAGAUCUUGUGGCCGAACUUGCAACAUCUGUUAGAAACAGGACCGACUUGCGUUUUGGGUUGUAUCACUCCUUGUUUGAAUGGUUUAAUCCUCUCUUCUGUGAAGAUGCCACCAGUGUCUUCAAGACAAGAAAGUUUCCAACCAGUAAAUCAUUACCAGAACUCUAUGAAAUUGUGACCAAGUACCAACCAGAAAUAGUUUGGUCUGAUGGGGAUGGAAAUGCACCAGAUACUUACUGGAACAGCACUGGCUUUCUAGCUUGGCUGUAUAAUGACAGUCCAGUUCGGGACACCGUUGUGACCAAUGACCGCUGGGGAGUCGGCAGCAUCUGUAAGCACGGUGGCUUCUACACGUGCAGUGACCGAUACAACCCCGGACACCUUCUGCCUCACAAGUGGGAGAACUGCAUGACCAUUGACAAGUGGUCCUGGGGGUACAGGAGGAACGCGAAGCUUGACGAUUACUUCACAAUCGAGGAACUGGUGAAGCAACUUGUAGAAACAGUGUCUUGCGGAGGAAAUCUCCUGAUGAAUAUCGGGCCCACUCACGAUGGUCGCAUCGCUGUUGUAUUUGAGGAACGCCUGAGGCAAAUGGGUGCCUGGCUGAAAGUCAACGGAGACGCCAUCUAUGGGACAAAGCCGUGGAGAGCGCAGAACGACACGGUCACACCAGACGUGUGGUACACAUUCAGACCCACAGAUGGCAAAGUUAAUGCCAUCUUCCUUAACUGGCCAAUCUCUGGGACUCUGGAACUUGGUGAGCCACAGGCUAAGCUUGGAGAAACACAGGUGAAGCUUGUUGGCUACCAGGAGCCACUGAAAUGGAUUGCAUUAGGAGAAAAGGGACUGAUGAUAGCUCUACCUCAGUUAACACUUAAACAACUGCCAUGUCAGUGGGGCUGGACCUUGCAACUGACUGACAUAAAGUGAGCCAUACCUUGGAGCCUUAGGUAGUAGGGUUUGUUUUUUUCCUGCCCAUCUUCUUCGCUGCACUGUUUUUUAAUUCUUACUUGCUUGACUGAGAAAUAUCAGUAACAGUCUAUCUUUAUUAAAAAAAUAAAUAAAUUGUAAAAGG